CGUAUUCUUAUCUGUAUUACUCUGUAGAAACAUGUCCCAACUGGUAGAAAUCCCUGUCUCCUACGCCGAUAUCUUGGUGAAUUAGAACUUCGUUAUAGUGUAUGAGCUCUGCUUUUCAAACUUACAUACUUGUAAUUUAUACGGAAAAAGGAAAUUUUUACGAGUUUCGUGCUCAUUGAAAGUGGAUUAGUAGUGAAAUUGAACUGAAGCUUCAAAAGCGACAGGAUUUAAGGGUUCUUGAUUCAUUUGUGUAUCACUUUGGAAUGAUUACUGAUAGCUAUUCGAAAAUGUUGUCGGAUGUCGGAAUGCGAUCAAUGCGCGGAGGGAUUGACGAUGAUUACAGCGAAGACAUUGACGUGUUAUGGAGAGAGCAGUGGAAGCGGGUCACAGAGGAAAGUGCGCAAGAGCUACAGCGGGAGCGUCAGCUAGAGAGGGAGCGAGAGCUUAGUGCCUUGCGGAGUGGUUCAGCUCCGCCGACUGUGGAAGGAUCCUUGAGCGGUUAUAGAGGUAAGUUAUACAGCGGAGGCGGCGAUGUUUAUGGAGUAUCGGAGGAGGAGUUGAGGUCGAGGUCGGAUCCGGCCUACAUUUCAUACUAUUACAAGAAUGUGAAUCUGAACCCUCGGCUUCCGCCACCAUUGCUGUCCAGAGAGAUUUCGCCCCUAGCACGGAAGGAAUGGGGAGCGGAUGGGCUUAUCGGAUUGCCAGAAUUUAGCUUAGGGCGUCAGCGGAAAACUAUGACGGAGGCGAUUCAGGAUGAUGUUGCUGAGGCUUCUGAGUCACAAUUUAUGCAUUUAUCUCAAAAUGUUGUUUCAACCAGUACUUCUCGCACUUAUGCUUCUGCAUUGGGCGCUUCACAAUCAAGAAGUACCACUUCUGAUGCCACAGAUUUGGUUGCUGGUUUGUCUGGCUUAAGUCUGUCUGUGAAUAACAUGCCAGUAGGUGAAGGCAGCCAUCCAAAGUAUCAAAUGGAUCAUGAAACUGACAAUCAGAGGAACUUCAUGAAUUUGCUGAAUGAACAGAGCCAUGUCAGGGAACAUCCACCGUUCUCGGGUUAUGCAGUUGGUGGUUAUGGCAUGAAUACUUCAUCACCGUCCAUAUUGAAAAACCAGCAAAUGGGCCUUAAUAUGCCUACUUCAUAUGAUUCUUUUGCUUCUGGCACAUCAAUGAGUGCCUCUGGAGUUGAUUUUCAAGAAAUGGGGGGUGGUUUCAACUUGGGACCUAAUUUUUUAGCUUCUAAUCUCUCCAGAGGUGGGACUCAAAGCAUGGGAAGCUCAGUGCAAAAUCAACCGAUGGAUCCCUUAUCCAUUCAGUCCUUGAGAUCUAGAGAAUUUGCUGCAUUUAAUGACCCAACACGUAAUCGCGCAGCUAAUGGAAAUGCAUAUAUGGAUUUGCUUGAACUUCAGAAAGCUUACGUAAGUGCGUUCCUUGCCUCACAGAGGCCACAGUAUGGCCCUGCUUGCUUUAGUCAAAAUGGGGGCUUAGAUCAUCAGGGUUACUAUGGUGGUAUAUUCCCUGGUAGCCCUCUGGCAGGUCAAGCUCUUCCAAGUUCCCCUUAUGGACCCAGCAGUCCUUUCAGGGGUGGGGAAAGGAACAUGCGUUUUACAUCAGGAAUGGGUAAUAUAGCGUGGCAAUCUGAUCCAAUUUCUAAUAUCGAGGGAAGUUUUGCAUCCUCAUUGUUAGAUGAGUUUAAAAUGAAUAAAACUAGAUGUUUUGCAUUAUCAGAAAUUGAAGGUCACAUUAUUGAGUUCAGUGGUGAUCAGUACGGAAGUCGAUUCAUUCAGCAAAAACUUGAAACCGCUACUGUUGAUGAGAAGCAUAUGGUGUUUGUGGAAAUCAUGCCUCAAGCCUUAUCCUUAAUGACUGAUGUUUUCGGCAAUUAUGUAGUGCAAAAGUUUCUUGAACUUGGAAGUGCAGCUCAGAUUAGAGCAUUGGCUGACAAACUAACUGGACAUGUUCUGGACCUUAGCCUUCAAAUGUAUGGCUGCCGAGUCAUCCAGAAGGCUAUAGAGGUGGUCGAGCUGGACCAAAAGACAACUAUGGUCUCAGAGCUUAAUGGUCACAUCAUGCGUUGCGUUCGUGAUCAGAAUGGGAAUCAUGUAAUCCAGAAGUGCAUUGAAUGCAUUCCCGAAGAUGCUAUUCAAUUUAUGAUCACUAAGUUUUAUGAUCAAGUCGUGACUUUGUCGACCCACCCAUAUGGGUGUCGGGUGAUACAGAGAGUCUUGGAACAUUGCCAUAGUUCUGAAACCCAAACAAAAGUGAUGAGUGAGAUUUUACAAUCUGUUAUCAUGUUGGCACAAGAUCAGUAUGGGAACUACGUUGUUCAGCAUGUACUGGAACAUGGAAGGCCAGAUCAACGGUCUGUUAUAAUUGGUAUGCUGAUGGGCCAUAUAAUUCAGAUGAGCCAACAGAAGUUUGCCUCCAAUGUUGUGGAGAAGUGCUUAACUUUUGGAACACCUGAAGAGCGUCAGCUCUUGGUGAAAGAGAUUCUUGGCUCUGCUGAUCAAAAUGACCCUCUUCAGGUGUUGAUGAAAGAUCAGUUUGCAAACUAUGUUGUGCAAAAAGUGCUUGAAACUUGUGAUGAUCACCAACUUGAACUUAUCCUGGACCGGAUAAAGAUUCAUUUGAAUGUUCUGAAGAAAUAUACUUAUGGAAAGCAUAUAGUUGCGCGUGUAGAAAAACUUGUUGCAGCUGGAGAGAGGCGGAUAGAGUUUUUGUCAUCGUACUCAGCAUCAGGUGAGAUGGCAUAGGAAGAAAACUGUACAGGUAAAAGAGGGCUUAGACAGAGUGUCCCUUUUCUCGUGUCCUGGUUUAGACAGUCCCAUAGAUCAGAGUGAAUGUUAUUAGGAAUAACAUCUGAGGUAUGAUUGUAACUUAAAAACAACUGUAGAUUUGUUAAAAUAUUCAGGAUAUACCUGUAACAUAGAAUGGCAGGCUGAGAGAUAGUAAAACAGUCUAUGGCCGGCCCCUGCAAGGAGAGCUUAAAGGUAUAUUUGUAAAAGUUGUGAGGGUGUAAACAAAAAGUAGGAAACCUGUAGGGGUCUGUGACAGAAAUUGAUAGCUCCAGGCAUUUCCUGAGUAUGGGUUUAUAUUUUACUUAUGUAAUAACUUAUGUUUCAUAAGGCAACCUUUUUUCUGAUACCUUUUAUGGAAUAUUAUUGUUAUAUGGUAUAUCAGGGAUACUAUUGAAUAUGAUGUGAUGUUCAUGUAUGUAAUCCUUGUACACAAA